AUGCACAACCCGCCUCCUGACCCAUCCCAGCACGGAGGCACCUGCAGUGCCCUUGGGGACAGGCUUCAGAGAGGGAUUCUGGAAACUGGGAAGGAAGAGAAAGCGUUCGGGAGCUACGUCGUCCCAGUGAGCUUGGGAACGUUGCUGAAGAGCCGGUUUAUGUGUCUGCUCCUACGUCACGUCCUGGUGCGAUUCCUGGAGAGCGUCUCCAUAUGGGCAAAAAAAACUCACCCGGUCCAUGGGCCGCAGAACGUAGAAGUUGUCGAUAUCCGUUCACGGCAGCUGACCCUGCAGUGGGAGCCCUUCGGCUACGCCGUCACCCGCUGCCACAGCUACAAUCUCACCGUCCAGUACCAGUACGUGUUCAACCAGCAGAAGUUUGAAGCGGAGGAGCUCAUCCAAACCUCCUCGCACUACACCUUGCGAGGCCUGCGGCCCUUCAUGACCAUCAGGCUGAGGUUAGCCCUCUCCAACCCCGAGGGCAAAAUGGAGAGCGAGGAGCUGGUCGUGCAGACUGAGGAGGACGUUCCUGGACCAGUUCCCUUGGAAUCCAUCCAGGGAGGCCCUUUCGAAGAGAAGAUCUAUGUUCAGUGGAAGCCUCCAAAUGAGACAAAUGGCAUCAUUACACUCUAUGAGAUUACAUACAAGGCCGUUGGGUCUCUGGAUCCCAGUGCUGACCUGUCCAGCCAAAGAGGGAAAGUCUUCAAGCUAAGGAAUGAAACACAUCACCUCUUUGUAGGAUUAUAUCCAGGGACUACGUAUUCAUUCACCAUCAAAGCGAGCACAGUGAAGGGCUUUGGGCCACCCAUCACAACACGGAUUGCAACUAAGAUUUCAGGCCAGAUUUUUAAAGGAGCCACAAUCCAGUGUCUGUUCAUGUGGAUUACAAAUGCAGUGGUAGAGUUCACCUGA